UUUUUUUCUCUCUCUCUCACUCAAACUCACACACACACACAACACUCUUUCUCUCUCUUCCUCGCUGCCAAAGAACCAGGUCCAGCAGAUAAUCCAUUCACAUAACAAUAGACACUAUGCAAGCAAAGCAAAUCCAAGUUCCAUCAUUGGCCUAAUUGAAGACCACUUCUUCUUAACCAUUUCUCUAAGCACUAUUUUUUCUUUUUGUUCUGGGAUGGGUUAUAGUGUUAGCAUGAGUCAUAACUAGUCUCUAUCUCUAUCCCUUCUCUGAACCCUUUAUAUUAAAGGGUGUGUUGGGGCAUCACUUUGGACCAUUAAGUUGGGAGCUGAGGGUUAAAACCAGUUCAUUGUUCGGAGGAAGAUAGACAUACACUUCUUCAAGAGCUAGGGUUUUUGUCCCCUCUCUCAAACUCAUUAAUUGAAAAGAGAGAAAAAAGAAAAAUCUUCAAAUGUUCCCUUACAGUUCCACCCCCUACCCUUCCUUCCCUUCAUCAUCUUCUUCAUUCCAUCCUUUUCCUUUCCUCAACCUUGAGAAUGCUUCUGCAAGCAACACCCUUCUUCACGAUCCACUUUCUGUGCCUUACUUACCAACUCAUCACAACCCUCCAAACCUCCAAGAAGCACUGAGCAAUUUGCCAGUCACAGAUCAUAACUGUGGUGGUGGAGGUUCUGCAAUGACCAAACCUGACCCAAGUGGUGGUGGUGCUCCUCACUAUGGCCUUUCUUGUUUCCUCACAAAGAAGCCAGCUAAGAAAGACAGGCACAGCAAGAUUUACACCUCUCAGGGGUUGAGGGACCGGAGGGUGAGGUUGUCCAUUGAGAUUGCUCGCAAGUUCUUUGAUCUUCAAGACAUGCUAGGGUUUGACAAAGCCAGCAACACCCUUGAGUGGCUCUUCAACAAGUCCAAGAGAGCAAUUAAGGAGCUGGCAAGGAGCAAGAACAGCAACAACAGUGAAGAAGGAGCCAAGAGCUUCUCUUCUUCAUCUGAGUGUGAUGAUGACUGUGAAGUGGUUUCUGAGAUCAAGCAGAAGCACCAACUCAUCACUGCUGACGCUGCUGCUCCAAACAACCUUCAACAAGGGUUAGAUUCAAGCGAUAACAAGUCACCGACAUUGCUGGCUGCAAGGGAGAGGAUGAAGUUGAAAAGGGCACAGAAGGAACCUGCAAAGAUGAAGGAGUCAAGGGAGAAAGCAAGAGCAAGAGCAAGGGAAAGGACUUGUAACAAGAUUAUGUGCAAUGUUAAUUCCAACACAGGGAGGGUGCAACAAGACCUGAAGAAAAAGUGCCCUGCAAUUGAAAACAACCACUCUCACCACCUUGUGGGAGGUGAAGGACCUAGAGAUGACUUCAACGUUAUCGAGGAAUCAAUUGUGAUCAAGAGAAAGUUGAAGCCAUCAUUGAUGUCCUCUUCUCAUCACCAUCACCAAAACCUUAUGAUCCCUAAGGAACCACCAUGUUUCAGCAACAACAACAGUGAGUACCACCCUUUCUCCAAUUUAUCUCCAAAUUGGGAUGCUAAUGGAUCCACUGGGCGCUCCAACUUCUGUGCCAUAGCUAGCAUGAAUCUAUCCACAGGGCUUCAAAUCUUCGGAAAGUCUUGGGAGGAGUGCACCAAUCCACGUUUACACUAGAUUGUAUGUGUGUGUGUGUGUUAGCUUUUCCUUUUCCUUUUGUAUUUUUCAGUAUCAUCUGAUUCUAAUGAAACUCUUCUAGCUGUUUGCCAAGGAAUCAUAUGAAGGCAACUUUCUGUGUUUUCAACCAGUAACUUUUCUGUCCUAUAUUCCCUUUCCACAAAAUGUUUGUACCUCAUCUUCUUUUCCUCAUCAUCACCCAAUGGCGUGUGACAGUUGGCACAAAGGUUGCUGCUGCGUGUAUCGGUUUCUGACCAAUAUUUAAACUGUCCUUCGCAUUGCAUAAUGCCAAUUAGUUAUCAAGAAACUGUUCCUUCCUGCAGAUUUUAAAUAUUUAUA